CUGUCCAUGGCUAACUUCAAGGGACAUGCUCUGCCGGGCAGUUUCUUCCUGCUGUUCGGGCUCUGGUGGUCGGUGAAGUUUCCGCUCAAAUACCUGGGGAGGAAGACGAGGCCGGGAUGCCAUGCAUCCUCACGACCCUGUUACAGUCGGAUCGAGCUGGCCGAGGGCGUCGCCAAAGCCGUCUUCUCCCUGGUGGGAAUCCUGGCGGAGCAGUUUGUUCCUGACGGCCCACACCUGUGGCUGAUGUCGGGGGAGAAACACUCGUGGGUGAAGCUGAUGAACUGGCAGCACAGCACCAUGUACCUGUUCUUCGGCAUCUCCGGCCUCGUCGACAUCCUGAGCCAGACCGGCCCCCGCCUGCCCCUCGGGCUUGACCGCCUGGCGCUCUCCCUGGCCGUGUUCAUAGAAGGUUUCCUCUUUUAUUUCCACCUUCACAACCGGCCGCCGCUGGAUGUGCACAUCCACUCGCUGCUGCUGACGGCGGUGUUCGGUGGAGCCUUCACCAUCGGGCUGGAGGUUUUCCUGCGAGACCACAUUGUCCUCGAGAUGUUCAGGGCCAGCCUGGCCAUCCUGCAGGGAACCUGGUUCUGGCAGAUCGGGUUUGUCCUCUUCCCUUUCCGCGGGUGGCAGACGUGGGCCAGCGAUGACCACGGCAACAUGACCUUCAUCACAAUGUGUUUCUGUUGGCAUUACGCUGUGUCCCUCUUCAUCAUCGGGGUCAACUAUGCACUGGUCUGCCUGUGUGUGCACAUGAAGUCAAAGAAGGAUGGAGGGCUGGAGCUGGGGAACCUCAAGUCAUCGCGGGAGAAGAAUUCCCAGCUUUCUCUGCUGAACGGCUCUGACGAAGAGUGAAGUGGCUUCUUCCAAUCCGGACUUCCAACUGACACUCAGCCCGGCCCGGAUCAAUCACCGGCCCCCGAUCUCUCUGCCGUGAUCGAUCACCAGCCCCAGUCAUAAGGCCCUGAUCAGUAACCCCGACCCGAUCGAUCACCCGGUCCUUAUCAAUUCACAGGCCCCGAUUGAUUGCCCACCAUCUUUCUGUAUCUAAAUUAAAUAUUGUUUUCAUUGUU